AUGAGAUGCUUCUAUGAGCGGCACUAUUCUGACGACGAUGAGGACAGUUCAUUUGACGCAUAUGGUCUGCCUCGCGAGGACGGCGAAACGGCCUCCAGCUCGGGAAGCGAGCCCCAGUCUCAACAGCGAGGCAAGAUCGAGAAGCUGCCACUGCCAGAUGAAAUCUGCAAUGCAAUUGAUGGUAUCUGCGAGGCCACAUGGAGCAAAUGGGCGGCUUCAGGACCACUCACCGGACCAUUCGCUGAUCCUCAGCUGUCAAUCGACGACUCUGGACCCAUCAGACUUCCGCUGAGCGAGACCGUCCGCACAUCGGGUUCGAGGCCUGAUUACGGGCCUUCGAAGCAGACCUUCCCUGAAGGCAUGCUCUUGAUUUCGCAAUGCCGCUCACCAUACCCGGCAAUGCUCGCGCUGCUGCACUGA